UGCCGGCGCUGUACCCGAUCGUGUACUGCUCGGACGGCUUCUGCGAGCUGACGGGGUGGGCGCGCGCGCAGAUCAUGCAGAAGGGCUGCGCCUGCAAGUUCCUCUACGGACCGGACACCGCGGACGAGCACAAGCUGCAGAUCGAGCGCGCGCUCGACGCCAAGACGGAGCUCAAGCUGGAGGUCAUCUUCUACAAGAAGAAUGGAACACCAUUCUGGUGCCUGCUGGACAUUGUGCCCAUCAAGAACGAGAAGAGGGAGGUGGUGCUCUUCCUCGCGUCGCACAAGGACAUCACGCACACCAAGAUGGCCGAGUUGCAGAUAUGUGAGUUAUACGACAGCGGUGACAAGAUGUCCACAACUAACGCGAACGGCAACGCCGACCCCGAGGCGCCGCCUGCCAACUACGGCCGCCGCAGGAGCCGCGCCGUCCUCUACCAGCUGUCCGGCCACUACAAGCAGGACAAGAUCAAGACCAAGCUGAAGCUCAACAACCCGACGGCGGCCCCGCUGCCCGAGUACAAGACGGCGGCGCUCAAGAAGUCGCGCUUCAUACUCUCCCACUACGGCGUCUUCAAGAGCUGCUGGGACUGGCUCAUUCUCAUCGCCACCUUCUACGUCGCUGUCGUCGUACCGUACAACGCCAGCUUCGUCAAUCCGGACCGACCCUCCAUGGUCAGUGACGUCGUCGUCGAGGCGCUCUUCAUCAUUGACAUCAUCCUCAACUUCCGGACGACAUACGUGAACCGCAAGGGAGAAGUGGUGUCCAACUCGCGUUCCAUCGCCCUCAACUACCUCAAGAGCUGGUUCGUCGUGGACCUACUGGCAGCUCUGCCUUUCGACCUGCUCUACGCUUCCGACCUCUACAGCGGUGAGGACUCUGGGCACGGCCACAUCCACCUGCUGAAGCUGACGCGGCUGCUGCGGCUGGCGCGGCUGCUGCAGAAGAUGGACCGCUACUCGCAGUACAGCGCCAUGAUCCUCACGCUGCUCAUGCUCUCCUUCACGCUGGUCGCGCACUGGCUCGCCUGCAUCUGGUACGUCAUCGCCGAGAAGGAGCGGCUGCGAAACGAGAAGGACUGGGACCUCGGCUGGAUCCACACGAUGGCGGAGCGACUGAAGGUGCCAGUGACCAACAUCUCGCACUCCGAGUCGUACAUCACGGCGCUCUACUUCACGUGCUCCAGCCUCACCAGCGUCGGCUUCGGCAAUGUGUCCGCCAACACCAGCGUCGAGAAGAUCUUCAGCAUAUGCACCAUGCUCGUAGGAGCUUUGAUGCAUGCCGUGGUUUUUGGAAAUGUGACGGCUAUCAUUCAGCGAAUGUAUUCUCGGAGAUCCCUUUAUCAAACCAAAUGGAGAGAUCUCAAGGACUUCUUAACCCUUCACCAAAUUCCAAAGGAAAUGAAACAACGAAUGCAGGACUAUUUUCAGACAAUGUGGUCUCUAAAUCAUGGAAUUGAUAUACAUGAGACACUGAAAGAAUUUCCAGAGGAACUCCGAGGUGAUGUAUCAAUGCAUCUUCAUCGUGAGAUACUGCAGUUACCUAUCUUUGAGGCUGCAUCACAGGGAUGCUUAAAACUAUUGUCACUCCACAUAAGAGGCAAUUUCUGUGCUCCUGGUGAAUAUCUCAUCCACAAAGGAGAUGCUUUGCAAUAUAUAUACUACCUGUGUAAUGGUUCCAUGGAAGUUGUACAGAAUGAUAUGGUUGUAGCAAUAUUAGGUAAAGGUGAUUUGUUUGGCUGUGAUAUUUCUAUGUACCUGCAGCCUUCGGGCAAUGGAAGUGGUGGUGGUGGAGGAGGAGGAGGUGGAGCCUCUAGCACUGAUGUGGUUGUGAAAUCAAGCUGUGAUGUAAAAGCACUCACCUACUGUGAUUUAAAGUGUAUUAAUAUGCAAGGCCUAGUAGAUGUUUUGAGACUAUACCCUGAAUAUCAGCAAGAAUUUGCAAAUGAUAUUCAGCAUGACCUGACGUACAACCUCCGUGAAGGCUAUGAAGCAGAGCAAGAAUCAGAAAUAAAUGGAGUUCCGCCAAUGACUCUUCCAUCUAUAAGUGAGGAUGAUGAAAAUAUACCUGAAGAAGGAGAAACUUCGCCAUUAUCUCCUCCCAAUAGAUCACCUCUUCAUUCAAGCAGCAGUCCAAGACAUACAAAAUUCAAUCCAAGAAGGAACGAUUUAGUGAAUGUUGAGAGGCUUGACAAUCAAGUUUCAUCACUGCACCAGGACGUGGCAACUCUCAGCCAGGAGGUUCGAAAUGCUAUUCAAGCUCUGCAAGAGCUUGCAUCAAGUAGCAGUACAGUGGCGACACGCUAUCCUCAUCCCCUUCCAGCACACUCAAAUCCCAAUUUGCCAUACAACUGCCUGGAUGGCAGUAUUAUACAGCGCAGUUCAUCACAUCCCCCUGACAUGUUCUGUUGGGAAACUGAAGAAAUGCCAAUGAGAUUGAGCCGGCUUGCAGAUAAGGAAACACAAACUUCUAUGCCUGUAGACAUUUUUGAGAAUUUUGUGCUUCAGAAUCCUCACAGAGUUCUAUUGAUACUUGGACUUGAUGCUGAAGCAGUGCUAAGAAGUAGUAGUGCACAGGAGAGGAUUUUGGGAGCUCCACAGACAAAUGGUACAUGUGUUCUGAGAAAUCAUCAUAAGAAUGGGAUUAUAACUCAAAGUGAUCUUCGAUCCAUGCAGACACCUAGCAACUGGAACCACGCACGGACAGCUGUGGAUUCCCAACGGCAUAGGUUCAGUGCAGGUGAUGUGGAAGGUGUGACUGCAGCUGCUUUUCAAGCAGCUAACCCCUUUUCUUCAUCACAAUCUUUGAAAUUCCAGCCUUUUGAUAGUUGAGCUGUGGCUCUUCAUAUCCUCCAGUUCUUCAAAAUGCAAGUACAUUUC